AUGUCUGCUCCUGCUGCUUUCUCCGACAUCGCCAAGGCGGCCAAUGACCUCCUGAACAAGGACUUCUACCACGCCAGCCCGGCGUCCCUCGAGGUCAAGUCCAAGGCCCCCAACGGUGUCACCUUCACCGUCAAGGGCAAGUCCUCCCACGAGGGUUCCAUUGCUGGCCAGCUCGAGGCCAAGUACGUCGAUGCGCCCACCGGCCUUACCCUGACCCAGGCUUGGACCACCGCCAAUGCUCUCGACACCAAGCUCGAGCUGGACAACAACAUCGCCAAGGGCCUCAAGGCUGAGAUCCUGACUCAGUACCAGCCCGCUAAGCAGUCCAAGGGCGCCAAGCUCAACCUGUACUUCAAGCAGCCCAACCUGCACGCCCGUGCCUUCUUCGACCUCCUGAACGGCCCCACUGCCAACCUCGACGCCGUCCUCGGCCACGAGGGCUUCCUGGUUGGUGCUGAGGGUGGCUAUGAUGUCAACAAGGCUGCCAUCACCAAGUACUCCGCUGCCGUCGGUUACUCCGUGCCCCAGUACUCUGCUGCUGUCACCGCCAGCAACAACCUGUCCCUCUUCUCCGCCUCCUACUACCACCGCGUCAACGCUCAGGUCGAGGCCGGUGCUAAGGCUUCCUGGGACUCCACCUCCGGCAACGCCGUCGGUCUCGAGGUCGCCAGCAAGUACCGCCUGGAUCCCUCUUCCUUCGCCAAGGCCAAGAUCAACGACCGUGGUAUCGCCGCUCUGGCCUACAACGUCCUCCUCCGCCCUGGUGUCACCCUCGGCCUGGGUGCCUCUUUCGAUACCCAGAACCUGAACCAGGCCGCCCACAAGGUCGGCGCCAGCUUCACCUUCGAGGCUUAA